AUGAAGUUCCCACAAAUCUACAAUGUCUACGCCAUUUGCGGCUUCGCCGCGCUUGGUGGUAUCCUCUUCGGUUUCGACAUCUCGUCGAUGUCGGGUGCGCUGGGUACUCCCGCUUACAAGAACUACUUCGGCAACCCUAGCGGCACUCGCCAAGGUGGUAUCACUGCGUCGAUGCCUGCAGGUUCUCUCGUUGGUGCUUUGUCUUCUUCCUUCCUCGCCGAUCGACUUUCGCGUAGGAACGCUGUACAAAUCGCCGCCCUCAUCUGGAUUGUUGGCGCUAUUCUGCAGGCCGCCUCCAACGGCGUUGCUCUCCUCUGUGUUGGUCGUCUUAUCGGUGGGUACGCCAUCGGUAUCUGUUCCGCCAUCGUUCCAGUGUACCAAGCCGAGAUUGCGCCCAAAGAAAUCCGAGGUAGAGUGGUGUCUUUGCAACAAUGGGCCAUUACCUGGGGUAUUUUGAUCCAAUACUUCAUCCAGUACGGCUGUUCCUUCGUCGAUGGAGGCGUCAACAACCCGAACCAGAGCACUGCGGCCUUUAGAAUCCCAUGGGGUGUCCAAGCUGUUCCUGGCGCAAUCCUCUUCAUCGGAUUCUUCUUCUUCCCUCGCUCCCCUCGAUGGCUGGCUUCCAAGGACCGCUGGGAGGAGGCCCUACAGGUUCUUGCCAAUCUUCACGGCGCCGGCAACGUCAACCACCCCAAGGUUCUUGCGGAAUACAAGGAGAUCGAAGAGGCGCUUGCGUUCGAGCGUGAGAUUGCUGAGACUAGCUUCGCCGCCCUGGUCAAGCCUCGCAUUGUUAAGCGUGUCAUCCUUGGUAUGUCCAUCCAGAUGUGGUCGCAACUUUGCGGUAUGAACAUCAUGAUGUACUACAUCGUCUUCAUCAUGCGUGGAGCGGGUAUUGCCGACGAGCUCCUUACUGCGUCAAUUCAGUACAUCAUCAACGUCGCCAUGACCCUACCAGCUAUCCUCUACCUCGACAAGUUUGGUCGUCGUCCUGCUCUCCUCUGCGGCUCUUUCAUGAUGGCUGUCUGGCUAUAUACUACAGGUGCUCUGCAGGCUUCCUAUGGUAUUCCUAACCCAGACACUACCGACAAAGAUAUCUCUUGGGUGGUACCUCGCGAGCACAGCGCCGUUUCCAAGGGCAUUGUCGCUUGCUCAUACCUCUUCGUAGCCACGUUCGCAACCACAUGGGGCCCGACGUCAUGGACCUAUCCGUCCGAGAUCUUCCCCGCCAAGGUUCGCGCGAAGGCCGUGUCGCUCGCUACCGCCGCCAAUUGGACAUGGAACUGCAUUCUUGCUUUUGCCGUUCCCCCUCUUCUGUGGUCCAUCAACUGGAAGAUGUACAUGAUCUUCGGAACAUUCAACGCCGUUGCCUUCAUCCACAUGUUCCUGACUGCCCCAGAAACUAAGGGCAAGACCCUUGAAGAGAUGGACGACGUUUUCGACUCUGGUCUUCCUGCCUGGAAGGCUGGCAAGGUUGAGUCGCGUCUCGACCGUGUCACCCGCGACAUUGAGGCCGGUAACCUCAAGGUCGGACGUCACGGGCACGACCACGGUCAUGUCGAGAAUGUCCACGCUGAGCCCAAAGUCUAA